AUGAAUGAACAUUUCGCACCAGUUGCCGCGCUACUGGCGGCCUUUCAGGCCGACGCUACGAAAAAGUCGGAUGUAAGUGGCAGAACACGCCCAGAAAACGCUGACACGUACGUGCUUGUUGAUGCUGAAGAUGAGAAGCAUAGCGCUCCGUUUCACUCGCUUUCAAAAUCUGAGGAGGAUAAAACGCGUAAUGGAAUACUAACUAAUUCUGGAGAGACCAAGACACGGCGACGAGCUACAGAUCCACGCCCGCUUCGGAAAGAGCUGAAAAAGGUUCUCGUCUUCCCAGUAUAUGAUAUUUGCAUCCAUUGCAUCGAACCCAAAGCAACAAUCAAAUUGGAUUGCUCGCUUCUGUGA